AUGAGAAUAAAAUCAUAACCUUAAAAGCAUUAAGAAGAUGUUUAAGAUACAAUAGAAUUAAUUAGUAUAGAUCUAUUUUCUAAUGAAAAAUCAAUAAAUGAAUAAAUAGAUGAAUGUGAAUAACCUUUAUAUGAAGUUGAAUCUAUAAUAAUGAAAAAGAUUGAAAAUUAAGAAUCUCAUUAUUUAGUAAAAUGGAAAGGAUAUUCAGAAUUAACUUGGGAACCAUUAUCUAGUUUAUAACAUUGUUAAUUACUUGUUGAUGAAUUUGAUGAAUAACAUUCAUCUGACAAUGUAAUUGUUGUUAAAAAAACUGUUAAUAAGAAAACUAUUAAUAAAUCAAAAAAGAAAUAACCUUAAUCUAAAAAAGGAGGUUCUUUUUAAAAUGAACAUUAAAUUUAAUCAUUCUAAAAAUUAGGUAGAAUUAUUAAAAUCAAAGGAAUUUCAUAAUAAUAAUUAAAAGUUAAUAUAAAACAAUCUAGUAAAUUCAAACCAAAAUCUAUUUGGAUAAAUUUAAAUGAAUUACAUUCAAAAGCUCCAAAAGAAUUAUUAAAAUUCUAUGAAUCACUACCUGCUAUCUAAUAAUUGUUUAAAUCAACUACUUUCAAAUCUAAAUCCAGUACAUAACAUUGA